UCCUAGGUGCUUUAAAACGCAAGGCGUGCCUGAUGGGAUACACUAUUUUUCAAAUAAGAAAGCGUGGCAAACUAGUGCGACGUUUACUGAUUGGUCCUACUCCGUUUUCGUUCCUGAGAUCAAACGGAAGGCAGCUGCACAGAAUAGACCGACUAAUGCGCUUCUAAUUCUAGAUAAUUGCACCGCACAUUGCAGUAAAGAUAAGUUUCAAGUGGAUGACGCAGAAAUUCAGGUGAUCUUCCUUCCUCCAAAUGUGACAAGCUUUCUUCAGCCUAUGGUUCAAAGAAUCAUCAAUGCUUUUAAGGUUAUCUAUAAAUCGAAUUUUCUGCGCCGUGUUCUGUUAGAAACUGACAGCGAUCGCCCAGUUACAGAAGUUAUCAAAUCAUUUAGCCUUUAUGAUGCUAUUCAACUAGCGACUGAUGCGUGGGCCACUGUAACUCCAGAAACGAUUGCUAACUGUUGGCGCAAUCUCUUAAGUCAAGAUCAAAACUAUAACUCGUUCAAGGAUUUCACAAUUUCUUCACCAACAAGUGACCCCCGCGUGUUGCUUUCUAAAGUAGUGCAACUCGUUGAUCCAAACUACGAACUGACCGAAGAAGAAGUUCAAGAGUGGCUAAGCAACUCAGACAACAUAGAUGUAGCGCAAAUAUAUACCGACGAGCAAUUGGCCAAGCCUCUGGUGGUGACUUUUUCGAGGCCGACCAUGAAGAGCAAGAUUGCGAUGCUAACGAAAGUGCUGAGGGUGAUCUUAGUACUUCGGUUAUAUGUACUCUUGGAGCAGUCAAUCCGAAAAACGCAAUGAUUAUAAGUAGGCUAUCAGCAUCAUGGAUGUACUCAAAAAUGUUCUUAUUGCUGUUGGUGAUGACCGUAAAUUAGUGGAAGCCGAAAAAUGAAAAAACGAAUAUGAAAAUGAAAUUAUUCGACUUCUUGACGAAUAACAAUAGUGAAUUUUA